ACCGCGUUUGGAAAACGAAAGUAAAUUCCCAGCUUGUUUCGGGUAAACGAAACGGCGGCGCUGCCACUGACACUUCAGCAGCUCACGUCGGCACUCGGGAGAACGACGGCAACUCGACGCAUCCACGGGUCGGAACACUCGCUCGCCUAAUCGAGUACCGGUAUGGCUCAUUCCAAACCUCUGCUCGUCCAGUGGCUUCGGGCUCAAAUUGACAGCGGCGCGUAUCCCGGUGUUCAGUGGACCAACCAGCAGCAAACGGAAUUUUGCAUUCCUUGGAAACACGCUUUGAGACAAGACUCUUCUGAUUCUGACAUUCUCAUCUUCAAGGCCUGGGCAAAGGUGAGCGGCAAUGGCCGCAUCCAAGGAGAGCCCUCUGUGUGGAAGAGGAACUUCCGAUGCGCGCUGCGAGCCAAAAACUUCCAAGUGAUAGCAGACAAGAAGAACGACACGGCAAACCCUCACAAAAUCUACCGCUGGCCGCAUGAGUCGACGCCAGGAGAGAACUCUUCCGCUACACCACCCGGCCAACAUGAGCCGGAUUGCCACGAAAGCCCCCCCAUACAAGAAAGCUACGUUGUCCCAUUCAUGGACGAGUGUCUCUACUGUCCUAUCCGAGAAUCCUCCCCCAAUGAGGACCUUCUGCAAACCUGUCUGAAGCAGCUCAACAUUGGGCCUCAAGCAGAAGAAGCGGCGGCCUUUGAGUUUCCUCCCGAGCAACGGGAGCGCCGGCAUCCCAUCGUGAUUGGCGGCCAAACGUUGCCGUGGCAACGGCCGCAUCCAGUCGCGGCCGAGGAUGAAGUCGGCGGAGCCGGGUCGCCGGGGCAACCGGCGCACCCGAUGGAGGGAGCCGUCAGUGAGGCGUGCGGGGGCCAAUUGGCCAAGCAGUUUCUAGACAACAUUCAUAAGACCAAGGAUGGAAAUCAUUUCAAGACGGAAUUCCGGAUAAUUGUGCACUACAGAGGGCGGAAGGUGUCGGAGCAGCUGGUCGCCAACGAAGCUGGAUUCCGCUUAAUUUACAGGCCCGAGCAGGCGGAGCCCGUCUUGGACCAGGUGUCGGGCCUGUCUUUGGUCUCCCUGCCAAGUCCCGUCACCAUCAAGGAUCAAAAACAAGCCAAGCUGACCCAGUGCAUCCUGGACAAGCUGGGCGAGGGUUUGGACGUCGGCGUGUCGGGCGAUGUCGUCUACAGCCAGAGACGAGGAGAAAUCAAAGCGUUUUGGAGCUUCUCCAAGUUUGACCUCAGCGGACGGCCGCAGGAAAUCUCCAAACAGUGGCCGCAGCCGCUUUACCCCUUCCGGGACUUUAUCCACGGGAUAUUGGACUUUAUAACGCUUGAAAGCAAAGAGUGCGGCCCCUGCUCCCUUUUCCUGUGCCUGGGUGAGAAGUGGCCCGACCCGCAAAACUGGCCUUGGACCAAGAAACUCAUCAUCGUGGAGGUGGUGCUCACGUCUUUGGAGCUCUUGAAGAAUAUGGCCAUGGAGGGCGGCGCGUCCUCCUUGAAGUCCGUCGACCUACAAUUGUCGCUGGAAGAGAUGGUCAUCGGCUGACGCCGGGCCUUUGCUCUCCCGCACUCCACGCGUGCUUCUCAGCUCGCAUUUUUUUUAUUUUCCCCUUGGCUUUCCUCGCGCCUCUGCAAAGAACGGCUUUGUGCGCAAUAAAGAAGACCGCCAGUCA